ACUUCUCUCGCAUUUCCAUUCAGCCCGUUGAAGCAGCAGCAGCAGCAGCAGCGCUCUCGUUUGUGGAUCCGUGGCCGCAGGACAGCAUCAUCAGCAGCAGCAGCAGCAGCGGCAGCCGCAGGAUACAUCCCCCACAGCGAAGCGCGCGAGCAGCAUGGUCUCCGCAGGAACCGUGGCCUGCCUGUCCCUGCUGGUGGGCUUCUCGCUCCAGGUGGACGUGAAAAGUGGGAAAGACGCGGGGAAAGCGGAGAAUUUCAUGGAAGACGAGCAAUGGCUGUCCACCAUCUCCCAGUACAGCCGGAAGAUCAAGCACUGGAAUCGCUUCAGAGACGAAGUCGAGGUGAGUGUCUCUUUCGCCGUCUGUGUCAUCUUAGAAUAAUAACGUCACAUUGUCUGCGCUGUA